AUGAUGGCCAUAUUCACGAGAGAUCUCAUCCAUCAGAUGGUAACUUGUGUUUUAUUGCCGCUCUUCUUUUUCCAGUUCUUGCCUUUCGUAACCUGCCAGGAACAGUCAGAACCCGCAGACCCCAAGAUGUUAGUUGGGACAAUAUUGAUUGGGAUGUUCCUUUCAACUAUGAUAUUUUUCUGCUUGUUCUAUGUAAUCCAUAGAGCAGUGAAUGCAGCGGAAGGCCGUGCAGUAUUGCACACUAUAGCUAGGAGUGGGCUCGACAAGGACACCAUUGAGUCGUUUCCCUUUUUCCUUUACUCAGAGGUUAAGGAGCUCAAGAUAGGCAACGGCGGAGUGGAAUGUGCCAUCUGUCUAAACGAGUUUGAGGAUGACGAAAAGCUACGUUGGAUGCCUCCUUGUAGCCACACUUUCCAUGCUAGUUGCAUCGACGUCUGGCUCUCUUCUCGGUCCACGUGUCCGGUCUGCCGUGCGAAUCUGUCACUGGCACCCGAACCCCAACCCGGUGAGAGCUAUAUAUAUCCGAUCACGGAUCUUGAAACGGGACAUGCACAAAGUGGCAUUCAAGAAUCACCCGACAUAAGCUUGACUGGUAAUAGUGUGGCAUGGAACAACAAUGCAAAUAUCACAAUACCUCGAUCGAGAUCUGUUGGGUUAUUGUCUGAAAUAUUCGUCCCUAGGUUUCAUUCGACAGGACAUUCAUCGGUUCAACUAGGCGAGAACCUAGAGCGGUUCACAAUGCAGUUACCGGAGGAGGUGCAAAGAAAACUUGUUAACUUGAAUCUGAUAAGUAGAAACCACAUGGCCUUACCUCGAGCAAGAAGUUCAAGACAAGGAUACAGGAGCGGUAGCGUUGGGAAUGAGAGAAUCGUAUCUAUUUCUCUCUCUUUCUCUUUUGAAGAUGCUUCUGCUCGGCCCACAGUUGGGAGUGACGUCCGACAGAAGGACGAAGAUUAUGGUGAAGGGUUAUUUCCACGCCUCAUGCCAGAGAAGUAG